GCGCUACCUAAAUCCGAUCCGUCUGCUUUUUAGAUUCUGGAUCGUCCAACCAAAUCAUUGGAUUUCCAAUAUCUUUUCACCAGAAUGACCAAUCACACGUUCCACUGUCCAUUUCUCUCCAUUUCUCUUCCAUAUCUUUUCACCAGAAUGACCAAUCACACGUUCCACUGUCCAUUUCUCUCCCUGCGCUAAGCCAAUCACGGACAGGCUAGCGACGCUCCGAAUUCGGAAUGGAUUUUAACUGUAGAACAAACCACACGUAUUCAAUCGUCAUUCCUGAAAACGACUCUGUAAGAUGUCUACUAAGAAGCAUCGAUCCAUGGGGUCUGAGGAGUGGGUGAGCCGCCUGAGGGCAUUUGCCUCUUCUGGCACUUGGCCCUCCAGUGCAGGGAACAGGCCAUCUCCAAAACAGGCCAAGUGGCACAACCUCUACCAGAAGAUUGAGAAGUGUCCCAUGAUGCUGCGUGGGCAGACCUUAAUGUUAGGGAUAGCCCAGACAUGUACCUGUGGCUUUCACUCCCAGCAGUCUGUGAGAAGCCCUGCAGCUACCUUUGCCUCCACCUCUGCUGCGCCUGCACGGAGCCCUGGGAGGCCUGCAUUGACGCUGGCGAUGUUUGAGAAAGCGCGGUUUGGUGGGACUUUGUCUGCUGCAGCCAAGCCGAAUGUCAAUCUGACCAGGAGGCCUGUUGAGCGUCCCUCCAGCCCUGCCACUGUCCCGUCUGGGAGAAGCACUCCAUCCGCUACCCCACCUCGAGUGACGCCCCCUUCCAGUCCCAGAUUCUACAGGCCUGUCUCCCCUUUCUCUCUGCCUCCAUCCAGCCCCAUCAUGUCGGCGGCGAGGACCAGCUCUUCUCCUCUGGUUGAAUCAGAUACGAGUCCUGCUCCUCCAGGUCUCCUCCCUGCUCCUCCAGGUCUCCUCCCUGCUCCUCCAGGUCUCCUCCCUGCUCCUCCAGGUCCCCUCCCUGCUCCUCCUGGUCCCCUCCCUGCUCCUCCUGGUCCCCUCCCUGCUCCUCCUCUUGCUGCUCAGUUCUGGCUGCCGGUGGAAAUGAGGAAGACCAUUCCCCAGCAGGACCAGCGCUGGAUUGCAUCCACGCUGUGGAGGAACCAGCGGCUGCGACCGGACGUCCAGCUCUGGUAUGAGCCACCUGUUCCUGCCCUCAUCUACAACCAGGUCCCAUCACCAGACCGCUUUUUUAUGCACCGGCUCCUGGUGUGGAUGCCCUACCACCUGUGGAAGGUGAGGCUGUCCUGCCCCCAGUGCAAGGGGCAGCUCACCGGGGCCGGCAUCCACAAGAGGGCACGGAAGGUCCUGGACGUGGACAGGUACUACCUGAUGGUGACGGAGACCCUCAGGUGCAACUCCUCCAGUUGCAUAUCAAAUUACCUGUCCACGAGCCAGACCGUCCUGGACCAGCUGAGCUUGGCUCUCCGCGGGGAGUUCCGCCUCAUCCUGACCCGCAAGUAUGCGUGUGACAUCCGUGUCAUCCGGAUGCUACGGGAGAGGACCCUCGGCAACAGCUCCACACGCCUGGCCAAACAGCUGCGGGAGAACCACGGCGAGGAGUGGCUGCAGCGGUUGGCCCGCUACAUGGAGCUGGCCAAUGACUUUGCCCGCAGGCCCGGUCUCUUCCCUGUGGUCUGUCAGAGCCCCCCCGAGCCUAUCGCUGUCCCGACCAACAGGUGGCUCCUGACGGUGUACGGGAAGGACUUGAUGAGCCGUAUGGGUCACAUCAAGGCCAGCAUCACCUCCACCUUUGGCUCCAUUUUAAAAAUGGAUUCUACAAAGAAGAUGACCAAAAAGCUGGCUGGAGCCGCCAAGGGGACGGCGCUCUGGGUGUCCUCCGUCAGCAACGAGAAGGGGCAGGUCCUGAUCAGCGUCCUGACAGCCCAGGAGGGACCUGGACUGGACCGGAUGGUGUCAGGCCUCAUCAGGCGCUACAGCGAGGCGGGCGUGGCUCCCCCUAUACUCCUCUAUGUGGACUGUGGCUGCUGCAAGGAGACGGGAGGGGAGAGCAAGCUGCAGGCCAGGUUCGGCGGCUGGCCAGACCUCGUCAUCCGGCUGGACAUCUGGCACUUCCUUCGGCGGCUUGCGGCCGGAUGCACGACCGACGCCCACGCCCUGUACCCCAUCUUCAUGGCCACGCUCUCCGUCUGCCUGUUUGAGUGGGACCCUGAAGAUGUGGCCCUUCUGCGCCACGCCAAGAGGGAGGAGCUCCGGAGGGAGGGUGUGCCCGGCAUCUCCGAGGCUCUGGUGGACAGCCGGUUGACCAAGGCCCAGUUGGCGCUGUACUGCAGGCGGAGGACCCGUGGAGAGGAGGCCACCAUCCGCCAGGUGGAGGCCCUGCUGCAGGAGCUGAUGGGGGACAAAGGCAGGGACCUGCUGGGUGUUCCCCUCCUGGACCGGGUGAGGAUGGAGCACAUCUGGCGGGUUCAGAAGAGGCACGUCAAGUGCAUCCAGGACCUGCCAGGUGUGCCUCUGUACACAAAGACCGGCACCACCACCACCAAGGACGGCGUCGUCCUCACCAAAUACAGGUGUGCGCGAGGUUCAACGUCACUGGAGUCCUUCCACUGCCACCUGAACCGCUUUAUUCCAGGGACCCAGGCCAAUGACCUGAACUUCCAGCUCUACUUGCUGGACGGGCUGAACCGGUGGAACCAGGACCGGGCUGCUGCUGCUGUGGCUGAGAAGAUGUCCGCUCUCCUCAGCUACUCAGGGGAUCUGGUACACUGUGUGAACACAUUUGGCACCAAUGUGUUUGGACAGAUGUUUGUCCCCUCUUUCCGCCUCCCCAGCAAGUACACUGGAGAGUUGAUAGGCAUUGACUACCUCUACAUGCAGACGGGGAAGUGCAUGCAGGACAUGGAUCCUGAGGGGGAGGAGACGGAGCAGCUGCUGGAGGACCUGGGCGACGAGGCAGAGGAUGAGGGCUUCACAGACGACACCGAGGCUAGUCUGGAGCUCUUCUCUGCCCUCAUUUCACUACCACCUGCUCAGCCCUCCACCAGUGGUUCCUGGUCCGCUGCUCCACCUCCUCCUUCUCCACCACCGGCUCAGCCCUCCACCAGUGGUUCCUGGUCCGCUGCUCCACCUCCUCCUUCUCCACCACCACCGGCUCAGCCCUCCACCAGUGGUUCCUGGUCCGCUGCUCCACCUCCUCCUUCUCCUCCACCACCGGCUCAGCCCUCCACCAGUGGUUCCUGGUCCGCUGCUCCACCUCCUCCUUCUCCACCACCACCUCCACCUGCGUCAUCUGCUGUCACCGCUCCGGGUGCCGCCCCACAGGUUCCUGUUGAGCAGUUGGCAGUGGAUGAAAACAACAUCCCGGGCCUGGAGAGGGUGGACCGCCUAGCCGAGUAUCUGGUGGGGCUGAGGAGCCAGACCAGCCUGGCCCUCAGCAACCGGGAUGUCGGCAUCAUCGUCGGCCUGUGGGAGGACCUGCUGCCCUACGACCAGCAGAAGGCGGUGUACCAUGCACGGCACCAGGACAGGCUGCUGACGGGGCGCUUCAGGUCGCCGAAGAAGAAGGGAGAGUUCACGUCGGGUGUGGACAGUUUGCGGAGAUGCACCAUAACAGCGAGUGCAUCUCCUGCACAGUGGCCUUCAUGCUGCCGCCUGGUUGAUGCCAUCUGUGUUAGGCUCUGCACCCUCCACCCUUCCCCUACCAAGAAGGGGAAGGGGUACCUCUCAAGGUGGAGUCUGAUCCUGAGGGACUACCGCAGGAUCAGACAGCUCAUCCUGGCCAACGGGGCCGUGAUGUCCACCACCAGCCUGCAGCUGGUUGAGGUGAACCAGACCACCCUCAUCCAGUGGCACAACAGGAGGGUGGCCAGGCAGGGUGUCUCCGUGUUGUGCCAGGGUGUGGACCUGCCUGCCCCUGUGCCUGUUGCCACCGUGGUCUUACCUCCGGGUAUGGACCGCCCCGCUGUGGCUCCUCAAACCCCGGGCCUGGUGAAAUAUUCCUACCACCUCCCGGAGAGCACAGCGGGGCGGGCCAAAAUGAACCGGAGGGCCACAGCCACUGCCACCGCAGCCGUAGCACCAGCACCGGCACCAGCACCAGCAACGGCACCUGCAACGGCUGUAAGGCCCAGGAUGAAGACAGCCCAGAGGCGGCUGUUUCCCUGUCCUCCCACCCCUGCCCCUGUCAUCAGCAGCACCCCUGCUCCAUUUGUUUUUGCCCUCCCCCGGGCCCCUGCUCCAUUUGUUUUUGCCCUCCCCCGGGCCCCUACUCUCUCCGGCACUCCUGCCCUCACCCAAUCCCUCCCUAGCACAUCAUUCCUCCCGGUAAACCCCCUGUUGCGCUACCCUCACGCCCAGCCCCCCAUUAUGUUUGCUGUCCCCUCAGCAGUGCCUCCUGCAGAACGGAAGAGGCCUUACAACAGGACUGGGGAGGCAAAUAAAUGCAGGAGGUGUGGGGAGCCCCGGAGUGCAGCGACUGGCCACAGCCAGUACAAGGGGAAAAUCUACUGCCCCUCCUCCGAGUCCCUGACCAAGGAGCAGUGGUUGGCGGAGAGGAGGAAAUAAGAUUACCAGUGUAUAGUA